AUGUUGGGUAGUGUAUUCCGCCGUGCGGUUUCUCGCCAAGUUUCUCGACCGAUUUCCACAACAGUUCAAGCUGCUCAAGAACAAAAAGAGACACCCAAAAAACGUAAGUUUUUAAAAAUAAAUUUUCAAAAAAAAAAUAAAUUUUAGCAACAAUUUGGAAAAUCGAUGAGCAAAAACGUGAUCGUCUCGCAAAUUUCGGACGUUAUGCCGCUGAAUGUUUGCCAAAAUUCGUGCAACGAGUUCAAUUUGCUGCUGGAGAUGAGCUCGAACUUCUUAUUCAUCCAUCAGGGGUUGUUCCAGUUCUCUCAUUCUUGAAAGGAAAUCACUCGGCCCAAUUCACCAAUUUGACAUUCAUCACUGGAAUGGAUGUUCCAACACGUAAAAAUCGACUUGAAGUUAUCUAUUCUUUGUAUUCGGUUCGAUUCAAUGCUCGAGUUCGUGUUCGAACAUAUACCGAUGAAAUUGCUCCAAUCGAUUCAGUUACACCAGUUUUCAAAGGAGCCGAUUGGUUAGUUUUUCAAUGUUUUAUCUGAAUUUACUACAACACAAUAUUUUGCAGGUUUGAACGUGAAGUUUAUGAUAUGUAUGGAGUUUGGUUCAAUAAUCAUCCAGAUUUGCGAAGAAUUCUCACUGAUUAUGGUUUCGAAGGACAUCCAUUCCGUAAAGAUUAUCCACUUUCCGGAUACAGUGAAGUAUAUUUUUUCUCUACUAAAUGUUUUUUCAAUCGAGUCAUAUUUUAAAAAUUUGGUUUUAGGUACGAUAUGAUCCUGAAUUGAAACGUGUUGUUUACGAACCAUCCGAACUUGCUCAAGAAUUCCGAAAAUUCGAUUUGGACACACCAUGGGAAACUUUCCCAGCUUUCCGUAAUUCUUCAAUCACAAGUGGUUAUGAAACAAUUCACGAACCAGCAGCACCAGCUCCAGAGAAGAAGUAA